GUCUGUGUGUGUGGAGGGGGAGGGACGCAUGGCUGGCUGUGGCAAGUCUGCGGUGCGGGGCUGAAUCUCAAUGAGAAAGCGGUCAAUGUAAAUCACUGCAAGACACGGAGGAGAGAGAGAACAGCAUCUGCCGUCCGACCGACCAGCCAGCCAGCCAGCCUCUUCUGCGGGACAACAAAGGAGGUCUCGGGCUCACAUCACGACUCCUGUCAGCACAACCCAACAUCGGAAUUGUGACCAUUACGAAGAAACCUUGAAUAUUUCCUAAAUCUUCACCUUUAGACCUAAUCUGACUGGACGACAUGGAGGAACACUUUGACGAGAGGGACAAAGGGCAACGCACCAGCCGAAGCUUAGGCCGGACGAACGGGCUGUUCAGCCCCUCUCACAGCGCCCACUGCAGCCUGUACCGGACACGCACCCUCAAAGCUCUGAGCCAGGAGAAGAAGGCGAAGAAAGUGCGCUUUUACCGCAAUGGUGACAAGUAUUUCAACGGCAUAGUGUACGCCAUCUCAUCGGACCGGAUAAGAACCUUUGACGCUUUGCUGGCCGACCUGACCCGAACCCUCUCUGACAACGUCAAUCUGCCCCAAGGGGUGCGAAUCAUCUACACAAUAGAUGGUUCCAAAAAAAUCACCAGUAUAGAUCAGCUGGUGGAAGGUGAGAGUUACGUGUGUGGCUCCACCGAAGCCUUUAAAAAACUCGACUACUCCAACAAUGUCAACCCUAACUGGUCUGUGAAUGUGAGGGCCCUGGGCUCCAGCAAAUGCCCCACAUCUCUAGCCAGCUUGAAAUCAGGACCACAGUCCAAAGAGGGCAAAGACUUCAUCAGACCCAAACUGGUCACCAUCAUUCGCAGUGGGGUGAAGCCGCGGAAGGCAGUCCGCAUCCUGCUUAACAAGAAGACGGCUCACUCCUUUGAGCAAGUUCUCACUGACAUUACAGAUGCUAUAAAGCUUGAUUCUGGCAUUGUCAAGACGAUCUACACUCUUGAGGGAAAACAGGUCAUGUGUCUUCAAGAUUUCUUCGGAGAGGAGGACAUCUUCAUUGCAUGUGGCCCGGAGAAGUUCCGUUUCCAGGAUGACUUUAUGUUGGAUGAAAGCGAGUGCCAAGUAGUGAAAUCAACAUCUGGAAAGAUGGGGUCUUUAAACAGAAGCUCUCCCAGAAGUCUCACCCUUUCCAGACGCAGCAAGUCUCCUUCUGGAUCAGUGAAUGGGACCUCGGCCAGUCAGCUGUCCACACCCCAUUCUGCAAAAUCGCCCAGUCCAUCUCCCACCAGCCCCGGGAGCUUGAAGAAACACAGGGAAAUGGACAAGGCCAUCACUGACAGCACAGCUUAACUUCCCCACUUCUUCAAAGUGGCACUAAGAUCCACAGUCAAUCCUUAGUCUGGGCCGCUACAUUUGGAAACUUUUGCUCUUUCAUGUUUUGUCAUCAGAGUUAAGCGUGAAAAUGUACUAGUGUCAGCCAUGAAAUAUGAUUUCUGCUUUUAGUAGAGCAGCAAUCAUGAAGUUACAUGAAAUCGGGGUCCAGAAUUAACUUUUGCCAUUAUUCUGCCAAUGGCGAUAAUUUGAGAAAAUAAAUAAAAAAGAUUUUUAUACCUGCCAUGAAGCUGUAUUUUACAUGAAAUGCAAGAAAAAAUAAAAACAUUGUGCAUACGAUUUACUAAAACGUGCACACGAUUACUAUUGCGUUCCCUCGAUUUACUAUUGCGUUCGCUCGAUUUGCUAAAAAUCGAGAAAUAUUCCUCUCAAGUGUCACCACAUUGAGUUCAGAAGUCUCCUAUAUUUUUCCAAGGUUUUUCACUCAAGUACAAGUCAUCUGAAGGCAUGCACUUUUUUCCUAUCUUUAAAUUGAUUCGCUCACAUCACUUACAUCAGUGAGGGUAUGACUUUACAUAUAAGUCAUGUGCUAUACUGCAGUUUCUUUUUAAUAUUACCUGCCAAUGAGCAAAUUAUGUUUUUUAUUUACCAACCAUAACAAAUAUUUAUUCACAUUUGGUGCUUGGCCAGUGCUAAUUUUGGACCCUGAAUGAGACAGCAUUGAGAAAGAGAAAUGGCAUGAUACAUGCUGUUGAAGGAGCAUGCAAUUCACCAGGAAGUGUUUUUUUUAUUCACCCCCAAUAGAAAUACAUUACUAUUUGAUUUCUGAGGAAAGUUUGAGUACGAUUGGGACGCUUUUGACCAGGUCAAACUAUCUCUAAUCCUGCAGUUGAUAGACUAACGCAUUGAGGACUAAACUUCUUACCAGUCCAGAGUUUCUCUCAGGUUAUAAUAUGAGCCUUAAACCCGAGUGAUUAUUCUUGCUUCUCUCUCUCUCUCUCUCAAGAGUCAAGGGUCUCCCUGUCUUCCAUUCUUUCUGAGUGUCUGUCUAAUACUCUUUCUUAGUUCUCCAUGACUAAAAUGCACCAGAGCAUUCAAUCACUGAGGAUACGGCACUCCAUUCCAAAUGAUAAAAAUAUUGAGCUUUUGGGACACAUCAAAUCCAGCUGCAGACAGUUAAAGUACUGUUCUGCAGCCAGCGAAAUCACGUGCUGAUAUUGACCCAAAAUAGAUUAAUCAGAAACUGUUGGCCACUACUACGCUUUACUGACCUCAAACCAGUUCAUAGUGAAAGACUGGUUUAUGUUCUUAACAUUGUUCUCACUGACUUUUUUUUUUUUAAAUUAAUUAAUAAAAGUGCUCUCCUAUUAUGGUUAACCCUCAUGUAUCAUGUACACUCUUGCAAAAAAAUAACAAAAAUAAAAUUCCAAUCAUCUGAAACCAAGAUAAAUGCUAUUAGUAUAACAGAUAUUUCUGGUUUGCCAUAUGGGGGCCACCAUGUAAAGAUCACAUGACUAGCAUUUUUUUUUUCUUGGUUAAUGGUUGACUGAAUUAAUGGUUGACUGCAAAUAUUGCAUUUCUUCAAUAGCAUUGCAACUGAUUUUUUUUGUAUGACGUUAUGACGUGUAUCUUUUAUAUGAGUUUGAAAGCAAAACGUAAUUGACUGCACCUCUGAAAGAAAGUACAGACAUGUUCAACUUUUUAUAUUCUAAAUUGUUCCAGAUUACAUUGGAAGUGGCUAAACAUCUUCUUGAGGAAGAGUCUGACUUUUAAUGAUUCUAAAUGCGAUUCGGUCGACGUGCCGGUUGAGAGACAGGGGCGCAGAGCACUUUGUGUUCACCCUCCACCCACUAGCAAAGACUCUCAGAUUCUCGUCAUUCUUUAUCUUAUCCCUUCCUGCAGCCUGAGCUCUUGAAGCUGGAUGAUCUCUCUGCUGUUUGAUUAUGUCAGAUGGCUUUGCUCUCAGCUUAUUGCUGUUGCAGAAUGAGAAUUUGGGACAGUCAGAUCUUCCCAAAGCAGCGACGCAUCUCAGCGUCUAUACAACCAUCUCCUGCAUAAGUGGGUCAGGCUUUGAAAACUCCCCAGUGGAGUUCUGUGAAUGAAGGAAGGAGAAAAAACAUUUACAUAAAUACGAUACAAAUGCAAAAGAACUGAAUGUUCUCUCCAAAUGCUUCCAAAGAAGCAGGCACGUCCUUAUCUAGAUUAUGAAUCUAUAUGAGUCACUUAAUGUUGUUAUUGUGGCUUGCUUAUUCAGUGUGCACUAAUACAUUGAUAAUGUGUGUGAUUACAGCAGUACUCCACUAGCACUGCUGUAAUAUAUAUAUAUAUAU